GGAUAUAUUCUUCGGCUAGGGUUUGGGAAUGUGUUACUCUGCUCUCUCUCGGCCGUCACUUCUCUGCAGUUGUUCCUCUCUCUGUCUCUUGCGGCCGAGCCUCCUCCUUCUCAGAAUGGAUUCACAAAUCAAGCAUGCCAUCGUGGUGAAGAUUAUGGGCAGGACUGGAUCUCGUGGUCAAGUCACCCAGGUGAGAGUGAAAUUUAUCGAUGACCAGAACCGUUUCAUUAUGAGGAAUGUCAAGGGACCAGUCAGGGAAGGUGAUGUUCUAACCCUGCUGGAGUCUGAGAGAGAGGCCAGGAGAUUGCGCUGAUGGCUUUACUUGCAGUCUUUUUCUCUGCUUGAGUUUUUAGCAUUUCAAAAUUAGUAGUAUCAUUCCUUUUUGGGAAUUCAUACAAGACAUCGAGGUGCUCGUGAUUGUUGUUAUGUUUUUCAAUUAACACUGGAUGCUUCAUUUACAAGUUUGUGAUGUUAUGGUAGGUAAAGAUGAUCUGAGUACUUAUUUAUUUAUGAGGGAUUUUUGCAAUUACUUUCUGAUA